AUGUACUCAGAAAUCAAGGCAUCAGCAGAGUGCAAAGGGGAAAACUGUAACAAUUCCCCAAACCAGGAAAAUCAGAGCAUAUCUUUAAACACUUUUACAGAAAUUAAUAAUCUCAGUUCUAAGAGGAAAAGGAGAAACCCUUCUGACAUCUUACCUUUCAUUGGGUUAACACAUACCCAUGAGCUGAAGAGGAACUGCUACCAAAAUGGAGGAACAUGUUUCCUGGGAACUUUCUGCAUCUGUCCAAAGUAUCUUACUGGUAGAUAUUGUGAACAUGAUAAACUUACUGGAUUGUGUGGCAUGGUGAGGCAUGGGGAGUGGACCAAGGACGGCUGCCUGCUCUGCCAGUGUGUCCAUGGGGUCUUUCACUGUUUUCCUCAUGGUCUGCGAGAUGGCUGUGGUCUCACAAAAGAAAAUCCCCCUGACUGGAUGCCGGCUGGACCGAUGUCUGAAGGAUUGAGCCUUCAGCAUAAAGCCUACCUCCUUACUGCACCAACCCUGUUCCCACUGCUUUGGCAGCUUCUCUAA